AUCAUGUUCGUUGUUUACAAUCAAUUGCGCUGCGACGUGAAGAUAAAAGUCGUUGGGAACGUCGUGUAGCAUUGACGCCGGACUCGGUUGCUAGUUUAAUAAAAGAGACAGAUGCUGGAGCAAUUGUUCAAGAAGAUAUUUCAAACGCUGAUGUUAUUUUGGGAAUUAAAGAAGUUCCUAAAGAACAUUUAAUUCCGAAUAAAACCUAUAUAUUCUUUUCACAUACGCACAAAGGACAGUUAUAUAACAUGCCCAUGUUACAGGAUAUACUUGAUAAGAAAAUUAGAUUAAUUGAUUAUGAAUUAAUGACCGACGCUCAAAAACGACGUUUGGUUUUAUUUGGAACGCAUGCCGGUUAUGCUGGAAUGAUCGAUGGACUUCACGGCUUGGGUCGAAGACUUCUGGGCUUAGGUUAUAAUACACCAUUUGUGCAUGCCGCCAUGUCUCAUACAUAUAAAUCUCUAGAAUUGGCAAAAUCUGCAGUUAAUAAUAUAGGUGCCGCAAUUGUCGAUGAAGGCCUUCCGAAAGAUUUUAGUCCUAUGACUUUUGUUUUUACUGGAACUGGAAACGUUUCCAAUGGUGUACAAGAAAUAUUCAAACUUCUGCCACACGAAUACAUUGAAGUAAAAGAUUUGCAAGAGUGUGUCACAACACCUC